AUGGACCCCAGUAAACAAGAUGCUCUUAGAAGUAUUGAGAAUUCCGCCUAUAGAACAGCCUUUAAGUUACAAUCAGUGCAAAUGCUGUGCCAAUUACUUCAUUUGCUUCUUCCAAUGGACUUGAUGGACAGCUCCCUGAUUCAGCAGGUCCUACUCCGCCCAAGCUUCGAGGAAGCCAGGGAGAGCUCCCUUUCUGUGCAGCAGCUUUUUCAGGAGCUCCAAGAGUUAUUUCAGAAGGCCAGGGUGAAAAAACCAGAACAGGUGCAUCUCAGAGCUCCAGAGCUCACCCUGAGCCUCUGUGAUUUGUUGCCAUACAGCACGGAAUCGGGUUUUCUCAAGCUUCUGCCUGUGGCUGCUGCCCUGGUCGCCCUCUCGGGGGACAGCCCUCUUACAAAAUACAGAGCUCUUUUUCAGCUCUAUGCAGAAAAACAGGGAGGCCAUGAUCCCAGGGCACGCAUGACUUGAAGGGCUUUGAGAAACCUAUUAACAGAUGUACAGCAGAUCCCAUCUGUCGUGGGAGAGAGUCGCACACUGUGCUCUGUGGAAAGUGCCGUCCUCAGCUGUUUCCGAGGGGUGUUGAGCCCAGGAAUCAAGGAGGAGAAAUUCCUGUCUUGGAUUCUGUCUGAGCCUCUCAUUCUCCUGUGGUUCCCAACCUGCUACCGCCUGUCAACCACACAACAGGCCACUUACCCUGUUCGGUGCGGUGCCUGCAAGACCUUCCCAAUUACAGGACUAAGAUACCGCUGUCUCAAGUGCCUAAACUUUGACAUUUGCCAAGGGUGUUUCAUAUCUGGUCUUCACAGCAAGUCCCACCAGAAGCUACAUCCUGACGUCGAACACUGUCAGUUGUCAGCAAAGGAAAAUACAAAACUCCUCCUCAGAACCCUCAGAAACAACCUGCUCCGGGGGUGCCUUAGGAGAAAUGAAGCUAUGAGAAGGCAGUGGCUGUUGGGCCAGGUGAAUCCAAAAGUCAUGGCUAACCAUGUGCAGGCCAGGCUCCUUAAAAAACAGUUAAACCGACACAAAGACAAGUUGCAAGCAAUAUACAACUCUCAUGAAGAAAAAAGUUGCAGAUUUGAAACAAUGAUUCAUGAGCUCAGAACCAAGCAGGACAGUCUAUGGACUGCAAUACAGCAGAUGGAGCAGGACCUAAAGACAAUGUUGCAACUAGCCCAUCCUUCAUCUUCCUGUCAAAACGCAGUGUCCAAGAUUGACUAUUCUUCAGCAGAUAGGUUUUGGAAGGGCGAAGAUUCUUUCCAGAUUAGGAAAUGCCCUGAGAACGGUCCAGAACAGGAACCUCUUCCUCACCCUACUGUGGUUGACAGAAGUCAAGCAAAUGCCGAGCACACUCUGCCAAAUUCAGAACAACCAGAGAACAUUUUGCAAGGCACUGGGGGGCAAAACCAUUCACCAAAGAUGGCGAAUGAAAUCCUUAGUCUCCUACCCAGUUACCAGGAUGAAAUGCUGCAGAACAACCCUCAAAUUUCUCCUACUAAAAUGAGCAGUCCUGAUCAUGCACCUGCGGAUAGAAAAGAGAUAGUUAACAUCAAAGAGAGAAAGAAUGAACAGGAGGAAGACGAACCACAAGAACUAUUGUCAAAGCUCCUGGAUGCCUUUAAUCUAGAAACAACAUCAGGACCCCAAACAUCUUUACAGCCUGAGUGUUGA